AGAAGCUAAAUACGACCGUUUCUUUGCAGGUGCAAAAAUCAGUUCACUGGAGGAUAAACAUAAGAAAAUGGAAAUCAAACGUAAACAAUUGAUCAAACGGCGGAACGUAGAAUAUGUGCUCCAGUACGGCAACGUGACGCCCUUCUUGUGGUACAAGGGCAAGUACCGGUGCUUCUACUGCACCGAGCCCAUGAAGAACCCGGAAAUUUUGCGCGAGCAUACCGCUAAAGUCCAUCAAUUCGCCAACCUCGAGCUGGCAGUCUUCGACAGAACUAAAGACAACAGAAACAAAGAUGCGGCGAUCAAAAUAGAUGUCACCGGCAUCUCAUGCAAACUCUGCCCCCAACCAGUUCCAGACCUGGAACAACUGAUCUCCCAUCUCAUAAUCGGUCAUGAUGCCGAGUACGAUGUUAGCGUCCCUAACUGCCUGCUGCCCUUCCAACUGGACAAGGACAACCCCACUUGUCCAACUUGCAAUAUGAAGUUCGUCUUUUUCGAAUACUUAUUACGCCACGCCAAUAAGUACCACUUAUCCCAUGAGUACAUUUGUGAUGUGUGCGGCACCAGCUUCCAGGGGGAGAAUCAUUUAAAGAUGCACCAUAGAUACUACCAUAGGGAAGGAGGGUAUACCUGCGACUAUUGCGACGUCAGCUUAACAACUCUCUCUAAAAAGAUUAUUCACGAGAAAAACGUCCAUAUGGUCAAUUUGCUGAAAUGUCCUCAUUGUCCGGAAACUUUCAAAAGUCCUUAUUUUAAGAAGUUGCAUUUAGCCAACGUGCAUGGUGUGGAAGAGUUGAAGAUAAAGUGCCAAUAUUGUCCUAAAGUAUUUCCACAGGAGAGCAUCAUGUCCCGGCAUAUGAGGAGAGUUCAUUUAAGAGAAAGAAACGUGGAAUGUGAAGUUUGCGGCGAAAAGUUCUUCGGUCCCUACGACGUGAAGCUUCAUAUGCUGAAACAUAGCGGGGAGAAGGCUUUCAUCUGCUCCGUGUGUGGAAAGAAAUUCUCUAAAAAGAGCAAUUUAAACUCCCACUCUGCUAUGCAUACUGGCAAAAAAGCUUACACCUGCAAUAUAUGCAACAAAGCCUUUGCGUAUCACACCAAUCUUACCAUGCACAUGAAGAGCAUGCAUCAGAACAUCGAGCUCAAGGAAGAUCACAUCACAGAAGAGUUAAUCACAGAAGAUCAGAGCACGGAAGUUGUGGAAGUGUAUGCACAUACACAGGAGUUUAUACACGAUGACUUAGAAGGCGCUGAAGUAGUCGGGACGUAUGUCGUCCAAUAAUCGAUCAAAUCAUGGUUUCGGAUGAUUUUUGUUGCUAUGGUGUAGUAUUUAGUAGCUACCUAUUUAUAUUUAAUAAAUAUCGCUUCUAAAAGUA